AUGCCGACCCUAGAGGUGAACAACUUCAACAUCGUGUUAUCCGUCCUGGGGGGAUGGAUCUCCUUGUUCGGCUUGGUUUCGUACCUAUGCAAGGAACACUUCUACCUGUCCGAAGCAUUGAUAUCGCUCUUGGCGGGCGCGGCAUUCUCGCCCCAUGCGAGUAACCUGAUCAGACCCCUGGAAUACGCCGGAUCCCAGGAGAGUCUAGACUCGAUCAUCCUCUACUUUUCACGCCUCGUGCUUGGUGUCCAGCUCGUCCUGGCGGGAGUGCAGCUUCCCAGCCGGUAUCUCAGAACGGAAUGGAGACCUCUCGCUAUCCUGCUGGGCCCAAUCAUGACGGCCAUGUGGCUCUCCACAAGCAUCCUCGUCUGGGCGCUGGUCCCAAACCUCCCCUUCCUGCACGCGCUUGUCGUAGCGUCGUGUAUAACUCCUACCGACCCAGUCUUGUCCAACGUGAUCGUUAAGGGGAGAUUCGCCGAUCUCAACGUCCCCAAGGAUCUCCAGCACAUCAUCACUGCCGAGUCCGGGGCGAACGAUGGCUUGGGGUACCCCUUCUUGUUCCUGGCCCUGUACAUAAUCAAGUACACUGGCAACGGGGCUGGUUCGGCACCGGGAGGCGUCCGCAUGGCAAUGGGCAUGUGGUUUGGUGAGAAUUUGGGCUACACGAUCAUCUUGUCUGUAGUUUACGGCGCUGCUGUGGGAUGGGUUGCGAAGGAGCUCCUGCAUUGGGCCGAGAAGCACGACUUUGUUGACCGCGAGAGCUUCCUCGUCUUCGUCUUCUCGCUCGCCCUUUUCAUUACCGGCACAUGUGGUAUGAUUGGAACCGAUGAUGUCCUGGCAUGCUUCAUCGCAGGGAACGCUUUCACCUGGGACGACUGGUUCCGUCUGGAGACCAUGGACGACUCCCUUCAGCCCACCAUCGACAUGCUCUUGAACAUCGGUAUCUUCAUGUGGUAUGGUGCGGUUGCUCCUUGGGGCAAGUUCCUCCACAACGACGUUAUCCCACUCUACCGGCUCGUGCCUUUGGCCAUCCUCGUCCUAAUCUUCCGGAGAUUGCCCUGGGUAUACGCCAUUCACAAGAAGAUUCCCCAGAUUGAGCGCGCUCGCCAGGCCAUAUGUUGGUCGUUCAUGGCCUCAGCAUACCUCUAG